AUGGGUUGCAUAUCGCUUGGAUGUGGACUUCCCAUACUAGUCGACACAGUGUUUGGAUGGGUAGUCUCAGGUAAAUGUUCGGAUGUAAAUGAUGAACCCGUGAAUUGCUGCUUAGCUACUUCGGAGAAUUUGAUGGAAGAAAGGUUUUGGCAGGCCGAAAGUCUUGAUGAGCAACAAAUUUGGUCCAAAGAAGAGCAAGACUGUGAAACUCACUACAUUGGAACUCAUAAGCGGUUAGAAGAUGGCCGAUACGAAGUGCGUAUGCCCAAGCAUGUCAACUUUACUAGAAUGGUAGGUGAAUCAAAGGACGUAGCGAUGAAUCGUUUUUUAAACCUGGAAAAACGGUUGGAAAGAGAUGCUGCAAUGAAGCAACAGUAUCACGCUUUUAUUCAGGAGUAUUUGGAUCUGGGUCAUAUGUGUAAGGCGUCUGAGGAUGCUGCAGUGGAUAUGCAACCUCGGAAAAUUCACUAUUUGCCACAUCACGCGGUAGUGAAGGAAUCUAGUACGACAACAAAAGUGCGUGUGGUAUUUGACGGGUCAGCUCGCACUAACUCUGGAUAUGCUCUUAACGACGCACUUUUAAAGGGACCCACCAUUCAAGAUUCGCUUCUCGGAAUUCUUUUAAGAUUUCGCAAACAUGAAGUUGCCAUAGUUGGAGACAUCGCGAAAAUGUAUAGGCAAAUUCGUUUGCAUUCUGACGAUACUUCCCUGCAGAGGAUAUUUUGA